GUCGCUGCUGAGCUGCGGCUUGAGUAACCUUACCCACUCCAUCGUGCAACAGAAGUACCUGAAACAUUCCCAUAAAGCCACGCUGAGCAGCGCAGAGAAAGCAGAGCUGAGGAUCGCGGUGGAGAGAGCGUUGCUCAACUACCAGAGCAGCGACUCUAGUGACGAUGAGCCCCUGAGCCGCAAGGCUGAGACCCUGAGGGGGGGGGCGGUGAAACGUCAGCGGGGGGGAGAUGCCGAACUCCCCGUCACCCCGGCAGGGGAUGUCCCGGAGCAAGAGGGGUAGAACCGACAGCACUGGAUCAGGCCCUGUAUGUGGAGACCACUCUGGAGACGGGACUGCCGGAUCUGGCAGCGACUGCGAGAUUCCGGGCCGGAGAAGGAAGGCCGGCGAGUCGGAAGAGAGCAGUGACUCCCGGAACGGCAGGGCGGAGAAGACGGAGCGGGGAGGCGGGGAGGUUGCUGAACCGGCCCGUGCGGGGCAAGACAGGGGAGGGGGAGAGGAGGAAGAUGUCGGGGGAACUACGCCGAAUAAUUUCUCGGGGUCCGUGAGGAAGGGGGAAGAUGAUGAAGGCAAGGAGGGGGAGGAGGAGAUGGAGAGCGAGGGGGGACAAAAUCUGAAGGCGGGCGGGAAACGCAAGAGGAACGAGGCAAAUGCUCCCGGCAACGUCCCGUCCAAACGCAGACGGCCAUUGGAAGAGGAGGAAGGCGAGGACAAGGAUGGAGAGGAGAGUGAAGAGGAGAGGGGCGAAGUUACGACGAAUAUCGCGGUGAAACGCAGGACGUGCGUCCGAUUGGCUCUGGGGAAGAGAUGCUACAAGGAGGAGAGGGGCGGGGAAGAGGAGGAGGAGAGUGAGGGUGAAGACAAGAGGAAAAUGAAGAAGAAUGUCGCAGUGAAAGGGAGGAUUAGCCCACGAGUGUCCCUGAAGAAGAGCGGUGACAAAUCGAAGAAUGAUUCAUCAGAGGAGAGUGAGGAAGAGAGUGAGGGUGAAGACAAGAAGAUAAUGAAGAAGAAUGUCGCAGUGAAAGGGAGGAUUAGCCCACGAGUGUCUCGGGGGGAGAGCAGAGCCAAAUCGAAGAAUGAUUCAUCAUCGGAGGAGAGUGAGGAAGAGAGUGAGGAUGAAGGCAAGAUAAUGAAGAAGAAUGUUGCAGUGAAAGGGAGGAUUAGCCCACGAGGAUCUCGGGGGGAGAGUGGCCCUAAAUCGAAGAAUGAUUCAUCAUCGGAGGAGAGUGAGGAAGAGAGUGAGGGUGAAGACAAGAAGAUAAUGAAGAAGAAUGUCGCAGUGAAAGGGAGGAUUAGCCCACGAGUGUCUCCGAGGAAGAGCGGCCCUAAAUCGAAGAAUGAUUCAUCGGUGGAGGAGGAGAGUGAGGAAGAGAGUGAGGGUGAAGACAAGAAGAUAAUGAAGAAGAAUGUCACAGCGAAACAGAAGAUGGGCGUGCGAAAAUCUCCGAGGAAGAGCGACUCCAAAUGCAAGAGCGGUUCGUCGGAGGAAGAGGAGGAGGAGGAUGAUGAGGAGGAGGAGGGGAGUGAGGAAGAGAGUGCGGAUGAGGACAAGAGGAAAUUGAAGAAGAACGUCUCUGUGAAACCGGAGAGAGAUCUUGCAGGGACUCAGGGUAAGAGGGGCUCCAAACUGGAGGAGGAGAGCGAGGAGGAGAAGGAGGAAGAGAGUGAGGAUGAAGACAAAAAGGAAAUGAAGAAGAAUGUCGCAGUGAAAGGGAAGGUGAGUCUCCGAGUGUCUCCGAGGAAGAGCGGCGGUGAAAAUCGAAGAAUGAUUCAUCAGAGGAGGAGAGUGAGGAAGAGAGUGAGGAUGAAGACAAGAAGGAAAUGA